AAGGUGUACUUACUCCCGGAUGUACAGUACCUCUGCAGAUGCACACCCGUGUGGCAUCUUAGUCGAGAACCUCGAGUGCAUCUGCAGGUUUACCUUUGAUUUGGGGGUGUAUUUGGCUUUGUACUUCGUUCUCGACCGGCGAUCAUGACCACAAGCCGCUUCCGAUGGACAGCUUGGAUGGCAGACUGUGGUCGGCGGCACAGAAAGUCAGAAGCCAAAGUCAGCGUUGGAAGAGCUUCAAAAGGAAGACUCGGGCAGAUGGGAGACGAACUCAAAACUUGCCAAAUUCAUCAUCAGCAUCACCAAGAUCUGGUAAAACAUCAAGCGUUCUGCAUCUCAUACGGUGCGGCUCUCCGGAAUCUCGCCCAACAACACCCUCAACCCAGCAUCACCAACCAGCAAAGGCGCCAUCCACUUGGCAUCAUCCAUCAUCCAGCAUUCUCCUCCGCCUCUCCACCAUCUCACAUACCCCUUGUCGCCCAUCUCUCCUGCAUCAUCCGCAUCUCCCCUCCUUUUCCCGCCACCAGGCCCUUCCGGUCUCCAGGUCCCGUCGAGCGGCCCCGAAUCACCAGGGCCCGAAGCAUCGACGACAGGCCCCAGUCUAUACACCCGGCGUCCCUGCUGCGCCUGGACUCUGCUGCUGGCCCCGGACCCGAUCCUCUCUGGCCUUGGCCCCGACUCUGAGUCUGACUACGCCUGACCGGGGUUCUCGCCCACACCUCGUCCCGCGACAACGACGCCGACACCAGCUGGCGUCACGGUACCAAGAAAUCCUUUCCGGUUUGAUUUCGUGGCCGUCACCUGCGACGCCUCCCCGGCUCCACCUCGCGCUUGUCCCCAGCCGUCCCAGAGCCUCUUGCCAUCUCCAUCCUCGGUUUCAACCCCCCCAAGCCUCCCAGGCGGGCACUAUCUGGCGUUCCCACUGUGGGGCAGCACACCGCGGCAUCCACACCCCCGGGCGUCCGC